AUGAAUCCUCAUCAACAGAACAAGGUGGACACCAGCUCCUUGAGCCCCGAUGAACAACGUCUGCUUCGUCUCUACGGUAAAAUGCCCACCAAGAAAGACCUGCUUCAGAACAAGCUCAAGGAACGAAAAUACUUCGAUUCGGGCGACUAUGCAUUGAGCAAAGCCGGUAAAGCUUCGGAUGUCGGGGUCACUAAUAUCGGUUCUAAGCACCCUGUUCCGGAGAACAUCCCACAUCUGACUGCUACAUCCCCCGGUGCAAACAAUCCCGCUGCUGUCAGUAAUGGUAGCAGUGCCAGCUCUCAAGGCCAACAGCUCCCUGGCAGUAUUAGCGGUCACCCUGGUUCGAUCGGAUUUCAGAGCCGGAGCCCCGUGAAGGAAGCAAGCUACCUACAACGCGGAACUAGCGUGGAUGAUUCGGAGGGUGCCGACGAUUCAGCAAAGGAGGGGAACGAGCCCAGCGUGAGCCCUCCUCCUGCUCGUGAUGGUGUCCCCAUCCGCCGAUAG